CCCCCGUUGUCUGUUCUACCACACCUCCCUCUCUUCAAGUCCUCCGCCUCUUAAAGCUACUUCGCCAGAUGGUGCAGUCUUUUCUUUUGUUUACCAAAGUCCCUGCGUUUCUCUAAUUUACCCUGGAUACUUAAGUAUGGACGCUGCACAUGCAACACCACCGCCAGACAGCGAAGAGUAAAAUAUCUCAAAAAUUGGGAAAGAGAGUGGUACACUGAUGGAAGUGCUACAGUAAGAAGAUUGAGGCAGAACUAAGGCCAAACUUUCACCCCUCUGCUGCAUUUCAACAGGCACCUUUUAUCAAACAGCUUGGCUAAAUAUAAGCUUGACAACGCAAUAGAAAUUGUAACGGUUUUGCGUUUUGUGCUUAGGCAGAGCCAAGAGACAAAUGAUGACUGAUUAAAACUUAAUUAAUCAAUGGACAAGAGGAAGUCCCCUGGCACAAUGUUAAGGCAAGGGGAUGCAACAUCAAAAAGACGCCCCUGUGGUGGAAGUGGGCUCAACCAGUCUCUACCACCCUCCUCCUCUAUCCAGCAAGGUCGUAUCCGGGCUGUUGAGGUGGCAAGAGGAAGAACAGGGUAUGGCUUUACACUGUCAGGCCAAAGUCCAUGUGUCCUCAGCAGCAUUUUAAAAGGGAGCCCUGCAGAGUAUGUAGGUAUGCGCUCGGGAGACUGCAUUCUCUCCGUCAAUGAUAUUAAUGUCUCCAAGGCAUCCCAUGAAGAUGUGGUCAAACUUAUUGGACGGUGUUCUGGUGUCUUGAGACUUGUUAUUGCAGAGGCAGAACGACGCAGGCGGCAUCAUCAUCACCAACACUCUACUGGAGGUCAUCACAAUAGCAGCAAUGCAAUGGCAGCACCUUAUCUAGACUCCUGCUCAAGUGAGGAUGAGUUAGAUGGUUUCUGUGACAAAAGUGUUAACAACAACAAUAACAGUAGGUCAAGCUGCGGAGUACGAGGGGGCUGGUAUAAACCCAAACUGGAUUCUAAACAGUUGGGCAUCAACAGAGCAGAGAAGGUUGUGGCAGAGCUGCAGUCGGGUGGGAUUUUUAACAUGAUAUUUGAAAAUUCCAGCCAUUCUUCUAGCAGUUCAGACAAGGACAGACCAAGGGUUAGCUCAUCAUCAAAGCCACAUCCGCUAUCUGACACGGAGUGUCCUCUGUAUCAGAACUCCUGUUGUUUCCAAAGCAAUCCCAACCUUCUCUCUGAAGAGGAAAUGGCCCAAGUUCUGAAUGAUGACUCAGUCUUUCUGGACUCUGACUUUUGUCAGCUUCACCUUCAUCAUGAAGAGCAAGACUUGGAUGUAGGAGAUGGGGGUGACUUGGUCCUUGAGCCCAGUGAGGGCAUCCUAAAUGUGGGCAUGAUUGUUGGCUAUUUGGGCUCCAUUGAGCUGGCAUCCACAGGUAUGAGUUUAGAGAAUGACAACCUGCAAGCAAUAAGAUGCAGCAUGAGGCGUCUUCGGGCAGAGCAAAAGAUCCACUCAUUGGUUCUGAUGAAGGUCAUGCAUGACAGUGUGCGUCUGUGCAGUGACAGGGGCCAAGCUCUGGCCACAUACCCCGCAGAAAAACUUGCCUUCAGUGCUUGUUGCCCAGAUGACCGCCGACUCUUUGGACUGGUCACAAUGCAGGCUACUGAUGACCAGGAAGAUUGUUACUGUAUCAAUGGACGAGAUGAAGAGAGCAGUUUGAGGACUUCCUGUCACGUGUUCAUCGUGGACCCAGACCUCUGUCACCACCAGGUCCAUUUAGGAAUAGCAAGGAGGUUUGGCUUUGAGUGCACCCCUGACCCUGACACUGGAGGCUGCUUGGAAUUCCCAACUAGCUCUCAGCCUCUCCUUCAGUUUGUAUCUGUCCUUUACCGGGACAUGGGAGACAAUAUUGAGGGUGUGAGGGCUCGUGCAUUCCAUGAUCCAGACAACGAUGCUCACCAGAACCACAGCACCAGCAGCAACAGUGAUAGUGGUAUCUGCAACUUUUUACCAGAAGAGAGGAACAACAGGAUGCUCUUAGUAGACCUUGGAGGUCCUCCUAACCACAACCACAUCCCUGGGCUGCGCUACUUAGACAGCCCAUCUUCAUCUCAGCAGGCCUGGAGUUCCACUGUAGGAGCUGCAGCUCCUCAAUCACCUCCUCCUGCUCAGCCUGUUCUCAGGAAUGGCCACUUCCGUCACGAAUCACACCUGGCUGACCUCCCUCACCCUCUCCCAUUGGCUCACCCCGAUGCUCCUGGCAGGCUUUCUCGAGGGAUCCACCCACAACACUACUCACAAGGAAAGCGGGGAGGGGCUGUAGUGGGUGGGGAGAAAAGAGGGGUAGGAGUAGGGUUUGAGCAGCAGCGGUGGCUGCCAGUCCAUGUGCUGAGGGACUGGCAUCAGCAGCACCACCACAGCCACCUCCAGGGUGUGAGCAGUGAUCAGGAGUCCUACGCAGAAUCCACGGAUGGAUGGUCUUCAGCUAACUGCAGCACACUACCCCCACCCAUGAACAAGAUCCCUGCAGACCGCUACAGGGCCCCACUGGCACCUGGAGAACACCUGCCACCACCAGGAGGGAGUCAGCCUCUUCCUCCUCCCUCACAUCCUCACUCUCACAGUCAUCGGCUGACUGUUCAGAAAGAUGUGUGGGCUAAAAAGCUAUUUAGUGCUGGGGACAAAGAGAGACCUGGUACAGAAAAAAACAACAGAGAGAAGAAACGCGGGAAUACAAAGGAGGGAGAGAAAAAGGGUGGUCGGUUCCGUGGUCUGACCAUGGGCUUCCCUCCUCUCCCCCAGCGCUCAUCAGCCAGACGUUCUUUUGGACGCUCCAAACGUCUUAGCCUGGCUCGAUCUCUGGAUGACCUGGAGUCUACUGCAGUCUCCGAUGGAGAACUCAACAGCGUAGAGCUUCAGGGCUGCAGCUCUGACAACAGUCUGAACAGCAAUGCCAGCCUCCCUAGUGUUCAGAGCCAUCGACGCCACACAGAGAGGAGAGUGGCCAGCUGGGCUGUGUGCUUUGAGAGACUGCUGCAGGACCCUGUGGGAGUCCGCUACUUCUCGGAGUUUCUUAAGAAAGAGUUCAGUGAAGAGAAUAUCCUGUUCUGGCAGGCUUGUGAGUUUUUCAGCAACAUCCCUGAAAAUGACAAGAAGCAGCUCUCUCAGCAUGCCAGGGAGAUCUACAACAGCUUCCUGUCCAGUAAGGCCACAACACCAGUGAACAUAGACAGUCAAGCUCAACUUGCUGACGACAUUUUGAAUGCCCCCCGGCCAGACAUGUUCAGGGAACAGCAACUGCAGAUAUUCAACCUGAUGAAGUUUGACAGCUACACCCGUUUUCUCAAAUCUCUGCUGUACCAAGAGUGUAUGCUGGCAGAGGUGGAGGAGAGGCCCCUGCCUGAUCCUUACCAUAUCCCAAGCAGCCCAACCUCCAAACACAGCACCACUGGUUCGGAACGUUCCAACAUUUCAACACCCAAGAAGGAGGAGAAGAAAAGCAAGUCAGGCAGAUCUUUAAAUGAGGACUGUCGGGAUGAGUCUGGAGACCGGAAGAAAGGCAUGUUUUUCUCCUGGUCUCGCAACAGGAGCUUUGGGAAAGGCCCCAAGAAACGAGAGCUGGCAGACUUCAACUACAAUUUUUCUGGUAGCAAUGGUCGCCGUGAAUCCCAGGGAUCGUUGUCAUCAGGAGCAAGUCUGGAACUAGCAACAUCAGGGUUGGGGAGGAACGAGGGUGAAGUUUCCCGUGGUGGGGUAUCAAUGUCAACAGAGCGAGGAAGUAUCGCCCCCUCCAGGCAAUGUAACAUAAGCUUGCCUGACGGCUCAUACUGUUCUGUGCCACUGAGGGCUGGUGUGUCUAUCAGAGACUUACUGCAGGGAAUCUGUGAGAAGCUCUGCAUCAACCUUGCAGCUGUAGACCUCUUCCUGGUUGGAGGGGAAAAGCCCCUUGUUCUGGACCAGGAUUGUAUGACAUUGUGCUCUCGCGAUCUCCGGCUAGAAAAACGCACUCUCUUCAGACUCGAUUUGGUUCCCAUAAACCGCUCAGUGGGCCUGAAAGCAAAGCCUACCAAGCCAGUGACGGAGGUACUUAGGCCUGUUGUAGCCAAGUAUGGCCUGCACCUCAAUGACUUGGUGGCACGCAUUAGCGGGGACUUGGAGCCAUUAGAUCUGGGUCUUCCUAUAUCUAACUUGGAUGGGCUGCGAGUAGUACUAGAUAUUGAUGAACGCACUCUUGAAAAAGAGAAACAGAAAAUAGCUUCAUCUAAGAGCCAUAUUCCAGCCCCAGCAAGUAGAAACCAAUCAUCAUCAGGGAAGGACAGGCCGUCAGCGAAAGCUGGUGCAGCCCGCCCCCAUGGGGAAAAUGGCAAGACUGUGCCCAGCCCUGACACAAGCCACCAGCUCUUACCCAACCACACUGUCUCUCUCCAUAAGGCUAUGGAGAAAAGAAAGCAGAAAAAGAUUAAUAUAGAUGAAGCUGAAGAGUUCUUCGACCUCAUAUCCAAAGCUCAAAGCAACCGAGCAAACGACCAACGAGGCCUGCUAAACAAAAGUGACCUGCAGCUCCCAGACUUUCUGCGCCUGUCACCAGCGGCAGCCAGCCAGACUUGUCCUCUUUAUGAAUUUGAGCCAGGAUGCUCCACUCCAUUUUCCCGUAACCCCAACAAUGGCAGGUUCCCUAGCAGCAGUUGCCAGAGAACCAUGGCAAACAGCAAUGACAGGAGAGGAGGCAGCACCCAUUUGCUCAAUGCAAGCCAUCAUUCCCAGAGUUUGGACUCUGCACUGGGCAGUGGAAAGGAGGGAGGAGGGAGGAAAACCAGGCCUCCUCCUCAGUUUUCUGACAGCAUCUCUCCCAUUCAUCCACCCCAGGGUGCCCAGUGUGGUUUCCACCAAGAUUCUGUCAGAAGAGAAUCCGUACAGAUGCUGGAGGAUGACUCUCUGUCUGAUCUGACUCUUGUUGGAGAGGGGGACAUUAACUGCCCCAGCCUAAAUUAUGUCGCUCCCUCAGCUAUACAGUUCAAACCCCAACCCCACCAAGAAGCACAAGAUGAUCAUCCAAGCUCAGGUACUUCUCCAGUGUGAACUUUUGACCCAGAAAGGUCACCUUGAAGUUUCUCGUAGGUUUUUAGACCAGAAUGCAUCUAGCUUUCUCUUCUUGAUUUCAGUACCAUUAAAAUAAAAGUAUGGAAAUUUUAAUUACAGAUAAAAGUGUACUUACUACAAAUGAUGUAAAGGGAUGAGAUGAAAAAUUCAUGAUUUGAUAGAGUGGAGAAUGCACUAGCCUGUGGCCAGCAACAGAUGAAAAAAACAACAACUUGAACACAUGAAGAGAAGAAAGACUGAUGCAUUUUACACAUGUCUGUGUCUAACUUGUUCCAGUUAUUUAGCUGCAUGGUAUGUAUCUGUGAUUUUUUGAGUGGCUUGCUGUGGACUUUCUUCUGAAAACAUGAACUUAGGAUGAGUAUAGUAUACAUUGUUGAUGACACAUGCCAUCAGCCAAGACCACCAAACCCCCUCUGUUCAUCAGUGUACAGAAUGUAAAAAUGCACUUUAGCCAAAUUCAAACAAAAUUACGACUAAGAAACAUCCACAUUUUUUAUUUUCUUUUUCCAAAUUAACAUUUCAAAAUUUCUACUUCACAUUUCCAAGUUUGAGCAGGUAGAAUAACACACUUUUCUCAAAAUCAUUUCUGCAAACCCAUAUGAAUAUGCUUUAUACAUUGCACAUCUUUAGGUUGGCCAUGUUUUUUCACAACUCCUAACAGACUUUUGAAAACACUGCAUUUCAUUCUUCCUUUACAUAAAUUCAUAGACAAACGCAUUCUCUACUGUUGACUCUCACAGAGUAUAUUCUGUGUUUCCAGCUCUAUUCUUUCAUCUCAGGCUUUUCUCAUCUCAUGAAAACAGAAUUUAUUGAGUGGCACAUAUACAACCUUGCUCUUUUUUGCCCAUUCACAGAAUAGCAGUUCUACAGUGUUUUGAGCUAUUGUUUGAUACUGGAUUUAAGCUAGAAUAAUUGGACAAGUCUAACGGUUGUACUAUCUAAAGGCCUUUACUUCAUCCUCUACCAGUAAUUUAUCUAAACACUUUUUCCACAUUAAGAUCUGUCAGUCAAAAGUAUUGUGUAUAUAGCCAUCUUUGUGAAAUUACUUAUCUAAUUUCUCCUCUGUCUUGUUCAGUUAACUAUUUUGUCUGUAAAUAGAUCAAAUAAAUGUUUAAA